CAUUUAUUUCUUUUUAAAAAGUUUAUUUUCAAUUUUCAUUGUCAAGGUUCAAAGGUUCAAAGAUUGAUUUUCAAGAAAAGUAAUUAUUUAUAAUGAUCAAAACUAUGAAUAGAUAUUUAAAGUCCUUUUUGAAGCUCGAAAAUAAGCUGAUAAACCUUAGACAUAUUUCUUACAUACAAGGACAAAGCCCUGAACCGAAAGUGAGAGAAUAUUUUUAUUAUAUAGACCACCAAGGAAUGUUGUUUUUAGAUGAUGUCCGAAUGAAGAACUUUACGUCAUGCUUUAAGGAAAAGAAAUUUUUACGAUUCUUUUUUAAUCAGCUCAGAAUAAACACCACUGCUCGUUAUCAGGAAUUUCCCUACAUUUCACUUUGUGGUAAAGAGAGAAACUUCGUUAGAUGUGAUGACUAUCCAAUUGUAUAUACACAUAUUGUCCAUAAAACAGAACCAGAUGAAAUACAUUUGGGAUAUAAUCAUGCAGGAGAUUUGUUGACAACAAAAUUCCUCCCAGAUAAAGUUAUCAUGUUACCUGAAACAGGGAGAGUUUACCAUCCUUGUAGUGAUAAGACAGGUGGAGUGGGACUAGUUGCUUCAAAAUUGGCUAUAGAAUUUAGUAAAUCAUUUACAUUUGAAAAUGGAGAUUUGAAUCCUCCUACUCAUUUUACGUUUGAAAAUAUUACUUAUGAUUUAGAUUCCUCCUGGUAUCAAAAGGCAAAUAAAGUUGAUAGAUAGUUGAUAGUUUUGUAGUUUUAUGCUUAUGGUUAAUAAAAAUUAUAUUAAUA